AUGUCUCAAGCAAUGCGAAUCGUCCCCGGCAACACCAAUGUCCAGACCUACACCCACAUCUCCCACACAUCAAACGCCCCCUCUGCCCCGGGCAUCCACGAUACUCUCCGCCACGGUGUCGGCGCAUCCCCCUUCGACUCCAAGACCACACCCGCUUCCGCUCACCCUCUCGAGGCUCGCCUGAAGAACUGGGAGGCUACCCAGGAGGCUCUCAAGAUGGAAACCCUUCGACGCACCUACGGCAUGGCUGAGCCCAUCCGCCGUGGUAUGGAGCUCAAGAUCGUCCAGAACGGCGAGUGGCGACCCAUGGCCCUCGGCAAUGGCCUGCCCAGUGUUCACGAGGAUAUCCUUCGGGGCCGCGAUGCUUCCAUCACUUGGGAGGAUGUCUUCACUGGAGACGAGACAAGGGCGGUUGCAGGCUUCCACGAUGAGAUGGAGAAGAAGCUCAAGAUUCAGUAA